AUGGACACUGAUACACAACAUAUAUCGGCCGAAUCUACUUUAAAAGAGCUGCACGCAUAUGCCAGGCUACUCUUCCUCCGCAGUGGUCGCCAAUUUGAAGACAAAGUCUUAUAUCAAGAGCUUGAAGAAGAACUAUCCCUAGACGAAUCCAGUAUCGACGGCAACUCUUCAAAGAAUGCGCCACUUGGCAACCUUGAUACGGACCGACUCGGUCGCGAGUUUCUGGAUAGACUGUCCGAGACAAUUUCUGCAAAGAAAGGAGGCCGCCAUAUUGUUGCUAGCUAUAUGUUCUACUGGCCUGAUAGGGUCAAGGUUCUUAUAGCGAUAAAUUUGGGAUUCGCUGAAGGUGAUGCACUAUCUAAGUUCUUGGACAACUUGUGUAUCUCCCUGAAGGGUAUUGCUAUGGCUCCAGACAAUGAGACUGAGAAGCACAUGGAUACACUCUGGAAUAUGUUACUUCGUCACCAGUACCCAAGGCUGCAAGCCGCCAUCGUCGAUUUGGGUCGAAUCAUGAAAAACUUCGAGCACCUCCUUCCGCCGCGCUUCAAUUCACAGUCAACUCAUAAUGCUGCCCUUCCACACAUAUAUGGUGUUACGCUAGGCUUCGAGAAUUGCCUGAAAUUGCUUGCCCAGUUACUUUUUGGUGAUAAUGACUCGGAUUUACAACGGCACGAUAGCCUUGUGACUUUAAGUCAUGCUCUCUAUCGAAAUUUUCCAGCCGACAAGUUCCAGGCUCUUGGUCCACAAGGUAAAUUUCUACGCCGAGAAAUUGGUUUCUUGGGCCGUCUACGGACUUCGUUCAAGGUCCUUGUUGCUGCUGCGACGCAACUAUCUGGUUUUGACGACCUGUCCCUUAUUCCCGUGGUAAAACCAAAGACUCGAAAGAAACUAGGUUGCCAGGAAUGGAGCCCGGCCAAAACAUUUCGAGCACUCAACAUUGAACUAAGCGAUGCGGCGGUCGGGAAGCUGAUGAGCUGUUCAAACUCAAAGGCGAAAUGGACGAAGAAUAAAUUAAUCAUCGACUUUUGUCGACUCAGUUCGCCGACUCGGGAGGUACACGCUGAGGCCCAGCUCAUAGCCUUCACCCUCAGCAACCCUGACGAAAUUGCCAAUGGAAAAAGGUUCGACUACAUUGGCUGUAGCAGGUAUAUCUGUCUGCAAUGUUCCAAAUUCUUGCGCUGCUUCCCAGGGCUGAGAACACGCGGUUGUCACGGCAAGUUAUACAACCACAGCUGGACUCUUCCUCUGGGGGACAGCUUGGGGAAGGAAGAACAGCAGGAACUGUACCGAGCUGCGAGAGAAGUUACAUCGUGGAUGCGGAAGAAGCUAGUGGGCAGCCCAAUAACAUCGCGUCAUAGAAAACCAGAGGUCAAAGAAUCAACAAUUGGCGGCAGUCUCAUCUCAAUGCUGGAGAUAAGCCAAGAAAGUCACCACCAGAGUCACGCUGUAUCGGAGCAUCUCCGCCGCCAACGAGCUCAAAGUUCUCAUGGGAGAUCAAGACAUGACAGACUCCUGGAUUGUGUCCAAGAUGAGGAAACAUCGAGAGUCGAAGCUCAAGAUGAGACCUUUGAAGAAAGCACUAAAGCUUUAUGUACAACAUGCCGGGAGGAAACCACUAGAAGAUGCUCUCACUGUCGACAAGGCCCGUUCUGCAACGAGAAAUGCGAGCGGAAAAUGCCUUUGUCACACCUCCUCAAAUGCAAUAUGCGGCAAGUUACUUCGGCAGAUUAUCUCUAUCAGGAUGUCCUUGAAGAUAUAGUUCCUACAGAUCCCCAGGUACGACAGGACUACUGGCUCGACCGAUGCCAAACUUCGCAUGAAGAAUCGCAUCUGUUGGGGCUUUUCGCCGGACUUCUCCGUUACCAUCAUUAUCCCAUUACACGUGAAGAACUUCACCAGUGGAGGUCAGACUUAGGCGGCAACGCAUAUCUCGUGACAAAGAUAGUUGAGAAAUUCGAGGAGCUUCCUAAGGGCAGCACAGGCAGCUACUUCCCUUGGUUUCUCAGACACCGCAAGCGCUUCGAGCUAACAGCUAACGAUAAGUCCAUCACACAUCGACCAGGUCCUGAGAGGCAAUUACAAAACAUGCAGGACAAAGCCCGGAAGUAUCUAGCCCCAGAAGACCAGAACAAAGACUUGAACGACUUGAGUCCCUUUUCGAAGAUGCAUUGCUUUGCCUUCUACGGUAUUACCAUUGUCAAUUCCUACCCGCCUCCGAUGAAUCUAAACAGCUGUUAUUGGUUCGACUUUGGUUUCGUUGUAUGCCAGGACCGACAUGAGGAAGAAACACUUAGCAGAAUGUACAAUACCAUGCUAUUCGGAUCAUUAUCGCGACUUGAGUACGAAGAGAGUCUCAAGUCCUCAAUUCCGGCUACAUUCACGGAGAAGAAAGACCCUGCCUGUACCUUCGACGAAUUCUGGGAAGCGUGGGAAAAAAGAGACCUGAUGACCAUUUUCAGCAGGUGUUGGCCGGGUUCCACAACCCAAAAGCCUUUUCGAACCGCUGAGUACAAUAUCUUGGGUCGCUUACGAGUAUUCAUUGAGGCAGAAGCUCCCCGACCGUCCAUUUGGAAGCUGCGUCAUUUUCUCGCUAUAGAGGACAUUUCCGUGGAGUCUGCGGUGGCAGAACUUGCUGAAGCAGCCAAAGAAUAUGGAUUUUCCGAAACUCUAGACACAAGAACUACUUUAGAGUUAAAGGACUUUUAUAUGAAGCUUUUCAAAGAGGCAGAGCCCUUGGAAAUUCACACUGGGCGAAUGAAAGGCAUCUUGCUGCAAUUCGCAGAGCGACAUGUUGAUGGCACGACCCUGCGCGUAAAGAAGGUGCUUCAGAGUCUUCAAUCAAUCGAGUUAAAAUGGAGAUAG